UAUAUGUUUUGAGACACUCCCCUCACCGCUUUCCCAGCAGACAAAGGAUAAAAUAAAUAAAAACACAUGCGCUCUUGAUAUGAGAAAAAGUUUGAUAAAUAAAAGGCAAUAUACCUGCUGCCCCAAGCCGGGAAAUGGCCACGUGUUGCCAACUAACAAAAUAUGCGGUCAAAAGCCACCAGGUUAUCGUAUUGCAGGUGGAAAUGAAUCUGCUCCUAACGAAUUUCCCUGGAUGGCGUUGCUGUUAUAUAAGAUACGAUUAUCUCCCAGACAAGAACUAGUACCAAAGUGUGCUGGUUCCCUAAUAACUACUCGCUACAUUCUGACUGCUGCUCACUGUAUUGACAAUGCAACAUAUUCGGACUUCGACCUGAGAAGUGUACGACUGGGCGAGCAUGACCUAUCCACUAAGAUUGAUUGCGUUACACUUCGUAAUGGAAAGCAGUUGUGUUCGCCCCCACAUGUGGAUAUUGAAGUGGAAAAGGUUAUAUUGCACGAAGCUUACAAAAACACUACUUCUUAUGAGAACGACAUUGGCCUGGUUCGAGUCAUAUCUCCAGUAACUUAUACUGAUGUAAUCAAACCGAUCUGUAUUUUGGAAAAUCACAUAUCCCUCGCAAACAGCAUCUUGCAAAUAGCCGGUUGGGGUCGAAAAGAAAACCAAGAAAAAACCGAAGUAUUGCUGCGUGCCUACAUUAAAGAAGAAAGAUAUUACUGUUGGGGUAAACCUGAUUUCCUACCCCAGACCGAAAUAUGUGCCGGCGGCCAGAAUGGCGAGGAUACAUGCGUUGGCGAUUCCGGUGGUCCUUUGAUGGCCACCAUAGGAAGAGGAGAAGAAGAAGUUGUAUAUGCCGCAGGUAUUACAUCCCAUGGAUAUGAAAACUAUAAAUGCGGAGAGGUUCCAGCUAUCUACACAAAAACGGGAGUAUUUUACAAAUGGAUAAAGCAACAUUUAAGGCCUUAAAUUUGUUUGUAAUAUUUUAUUACUUUUUAAAGUACAUAAUAUUUACAGAACUCUUUUAAGGAUUAAAGUAGAGCUUUCAAAACCAAAAACAAAACGUAUGUAUUAUCUGCAG